GAUCGCGAAUCUACGAAUCAUAUUGAAGGUGAAAUUGAUGAAGAAGAAAUAUCUUUAGCUCAAAAACCUUUAUCGGCACCAGAAGAAGAGGAAGAAGAUUACGACGAAAAAGAAGGAAAAAUCAAGCGGCGAAUAGAGUUCCCCAGCGAUGAUUCUGACUUGUCGCAACACCAUAGCCCGCCCACAAUAAGUCAAGUACCUGAAACACAAAUAGGGAACAGAGAAGAGGAAACGGACCAAUUAAUAAAUUUAUGUUCGGGUACUUUUGAAACCCAGCCUGUUGCACCAGCAGAAGACAAAAUCUACAGUAAAAUUGUUUCAUCAAGUGAAGAUGAAGAUUUUUCUAGUUCGAAUAAACCAAGAACCAAAAAAUUUACAAAAAAAGUUAUAAAAAAAUCAAAUAUGAAAUUAGGGUUUUCUGAUGAUGAAGAUGAUGAGUCCGAUGAUGAAGCUGACAAAGCUGAGCAGGCGGGCGAAGAGGAGGAAGAUAUCUUAGCCGAAGAUGAUAUGCCCGCCACUUAUAUUGAUUAUGAUUCAGAAGAAAAUGAAAUAACUGUGGAAUUGACCAAGCAAGAUCGUGUAGACCAGGCUGAGAAUUUCUUCGAAAAGGAAGCAGAACUAUCGGAAUCCGAAUGGGGAAGCGCUGACGAGGACGAAAAAAAUUUGGAUCAGUACGACAUUGAAUUAGGCGACGAAGACGAAUUCGACAAAGAGGAAAUCAGAGCUCAAUUGGGAAAAAUACACGCGCGUAAAAUGUUGGACGAAGAUAUUCGACAAGUAAAUAAAUUACAAGAAAUGCUCUUUGAAGACGAAGAAGAUAAUUCCGCUAAACGAGAACGUAAAUUUAGGUGGAAAAAUUUUGACACUGCUUUCAAACUUGAAACAAAUGCAAACCAGUAUAUGGAUUCCAAACCCGAAGAAGGCAGUGACGAUGAAAACGAGCAUUUAUGGAGAAAAAUACGUUUCGAACGAGAGCAAGCAAUAAAAAAUAGUACUUUAAAUGAGAUUUCCAUAGAAGCAAAUACAUCAGUUUCUACUCCCAAGACUUGCGACAUUAAAAACAUAACAAUCGUGACUAUGUCUAAAUCUAGAAUUGAAGGAGUGGAAGAAAAAGAGAAAUCACCGUUUUUAAUAUCAAAAGAGCUUAUCAAAGUUGAAAGCGCAAAGGCGAGAAGCUCAUUUCUAUUACGGAAUAAAACGGCAUUAACAAAAACAAUUUGUUCGGUUAAAAACAGUAGCACUGAUGUAAAUACGUCACCAGAUAAAAUUGGUGUUAAAACAAUAAAUCCUAGCAAAUUUGUGUUCACAACAUUAACACUGGAAGAACAUGAGACGUUAAAAAGAAAGGCUGAUGACAAAAAUGAU